AUGGCUACCGCCGCCUUUGAGCCUUCGCUCUCAGCCAGCGCAAUGCGCGCCCCUCUCUCGUCUGCCGAUGCGCCCUCGAUGGCCGACUCCCUUCCGAGUGUCAACUUUGGUUUCGACAACUUGCGCCAGCACAUGGCAGCGUUCCAGACACGCUUCGAUGACUACAUUGCCCAGGGUAGAAGGCGGAUGAGGGAGGAGAAGAACCAGUUCUACCUCAAUAUCGCUGAAAUGCAAGAGGACCAACGCCAUAAGCAGCGCGAAAUUGAGAUCCUGCAGCUCAAGUCGACAACGCACCAACAGACCCUCGCAAAAGAGGCCCAAGAAACUGCCGAAAUGCACAACGCAAUCUCGACUCUGAACUCGCGUAGGGACGAGCAGAUUGCCCGCCGCGACGCCCUCAAGGCUCAGAUUGCAGAGGUUCAAGGCCGGAUUGCCGCCAAGCGCGAGGCUCAAAGGGAGCACGCUCGCUACCUCGACUCCCAGGCUCGUCUCAAUCAACCAGAGCUUGCCUUCUGGCAGGACCAUCUUUGCUUGGAUGUGGAAGGUGCCGGCGUCACCGACCGCUUGAAAUUCACUUUUACACACAUCAGUGAGCGCGAUUGGGAAAAGGAGGCGGUCUUCGAGGUUGAUAUGGGCCAUUCCGAUUACCGAAUGGGCGUUGUAAGGCCUAAGCUUGAUCCAGAUGAGAUUGAAGGGGCUAUAGAGCUGUUGAACGACACACGAGAACUUGCCCCGUUCUUCAAGCGCAUGAGAGAAUUGUUCGUCGAGGCGAUGAAAUGA